CCACAUGUGAUCAAGGAGAGAGAUAAGGUAAAAAGCUGACAUAUUAUAUUCUCUAUAUUAUAUGAACUUUUGGUUUUAUAUAUCUUUCACAUAUGUGCAAGUGAAAUCAAAAGAAGCAAACCAGAUCACCAUGUUACAAUUAGCUAGCUCUUGCACAAAGCUUAAACUAUAUGAUAGCUUUUUCUUGUCUUUUAACUGAAUAUAAUCACUUAUAACCAACCAAAGCCAGUCUCUCUUACAACAUUUAGGUACCCUCCAAAAGAAUUUAUGCUCAUUUCUUAGCUUUUGUUUAGCUACUUUUAUAUAACCUUUGUUUUCUUCCUUGUAUUUUCUAAAAACCUUUCAUAUAGUUAUCUGUUUUCUUCUCCUCACUACUUUCCUAACACAAAUGAAUAUACUUGGUGACCCCUUUUCACUAUCCUCUUCCACUAGUGGUUUUGACAAAAUCCAAAAUCCAAACCCUAAUCCACCACAAACCAACAAGAAGAAAAGAAAUCUACCAGGAACACCAGAUCCAGAUGCUGAAGUCAUUGCUCUUUCGCCAAAGACUCUAAUGGCGACAAACCGAUUUGUCUGUGAAAUAUGCAACAAAGGAUUCCAAAGGGAUCAAAAUCUUCAACUUCAUAGAAGAGGUCACAACUUACCAUGGAAGCUAAAGCAAAGAUCCAACAAAGAACCAAGAAAAAAGGUAUACAUCUGUCCGGAGAAAACCUGCGUCCAUCACGACGCAGCCAGGGCACUCGGAGACCUUACCGGAAUAAAGAAACAUUUUAGCAGAAAACAUGGAGAAAAGAAAUGGAAGUGUGAUAAGUGUUCCAAGAAAUAUGCAGUUCAAUCUGAUUGGAAAGCUCACACCAAAACUUGUGGUACUAGAGAAUAUAAAUGUGAUUGUGGUACCCUCUUCUCUAGGAAGGAUAGCUUUAUAACACACAGAGCUUUCUGUGAUGCAUUAGCAGAAGAGAGUGCAAGACAAACCUCACUCCCACCUCCAACAACUCUAAAUUUCAAGAAUGAAGAAUCAAAUAUGAUGAACAAUCAAACUAGUUUGUCACAUAAUGGAUUAUUAUCAUGUCAAGGACUUCAAAAUCUUCCACAAUUUAAUACUCCACAUAAUGCACUGUUUCAUCAUGAACAAAGACCAAACUUGUCAUUAUGGCUAAACCAAGAAAAUCAACAAAUGAAUCAUCAACAUCAUCAUCAAAUUCAACAUGAUUCACUUGAGGAUCAUGCUUCAUCAAGUUUUUGUGAUGUUAUGCAAAUGACACAAACUAGUACUGCUCCAAUGUCAGCUACUGCACUUCUUCAAAAAGCAGCUCAAAUGGGUUCAACAAGAAGUAGCACUAAUCCUUCCAUUUUUAAUGGAAGUUUUGGUUUAAUGAGUUCAUCUUCAACACAAACUAAUAAUAGUACUCUAAACCAAAAUCAUGAUGAGGUUAAUAUGGUCAUUAAUCAGAAUAUGAAGCAGCAUGAGAAUUAUAAUAAUGCAGCUAUGGUUGGUAAUGGUAAUUCAAGUAAUGGAUUUAGAGAUUUUCUUGGUGUGAGUAAUGAUCAUCCUCAUCAUUCAUUUCUACCUCAAGAGCUGGCAAAGUUUGCUUCAAUGACUUCAUCUAUGAUGAGUUUCAAUCAAUUCAAUGCAUGAUGAAACUCACUUGAGUUGGUCUGGUAGUAUUGACUCGAGACCUGAGAUUGUCUGCAUCAAUGCUUACAUCUUGACAGGUCUUGAACUCUAGACCUUCAAAUUGCUUAACCUUUUACUCAACUUAAGUUAAGCUAGUCAUUCCACAUGGCAUCAAUGAAAAUUAAUUAGUUGUUGUUAAUUAAUUUGUGAAGAUGUGCAUGUGAAUAGAUUAUGGAGUAGUGUAUGAGAUAUAGUACAUGGGACCCAGUGCAUGUUUGAGAAGAUAAUGAAAUAGGAUAGAGAAUUCUCCUCGAGUCCUAUGCAUUGUGU